AUGUCGAUAGAUAACAAAGGCAAAUGCCUUAAUAAGCCGAGGCCUACGUCUGAUUUUGACAAUGAAGUACAACAAAUUGUCCAUCAUAUUCAAGAACUUAAAGAUGCCAUAGAAAAAGUACAACAACUUCCUAUAACUAAAGAAAGCGUCCAACUCCGACGAUCCAUGCAAGCCGAACUUAAAACUCAAGAACAGAAACUUUAUUCUUUCAUCCCUAAAAGAGAUGUAGAUAAUAUUAUUGCACAGUUCCCGCCUUCCGCUAGCAAUAGCGCAAAUGAUUGGUCUAUAGUAAAGCCAGCCAAAAGAUCGCGUCGCGAUAGCGGAUCUUCAUACAGCUCUCAAACAAUCAGCACUUCCUCACGAUUUGACUCUCUUAAUAAUGAAGAAAUGCUUGAUACAAAUAAUGAUGACAUCGAUAUGACCCCUCAAACGGAAAAGCCUAAAAAACCUAACAGCCCUUAUCCAAAAGAUACCAAAAUACCACCAAUAGUCAUUACAGAUCUUAAAAACAAUAACUGGCCGGAAAUUCGUAAACACAUAAAAGAAAAUUUAAAAAUCACUAAGCUUGAAACGAAAAUUGAAGAAAACACAGAUCAAGACCACCAACAGAAAGCCAAAACCAAACGGGUGCGAACUACAUUCACGGAGGAGCAGCUUCAAGUCCUACAAGCCAAUUUCAACCUAGAUUCGAAUCCGGAUGGCCAGGAUUUAGAAAGAAUAGCCCAGAUUACUGGUCUCAGCAAACGAGUAACUCAAGUCUGGUUUCAGAACUCGAGGGCACGGCAAAAGAAAUAUCUCAACAAUCAAGCAAAGAAAGCUAACGCAGAAAUCUUUGAGCGUGUGAGCGAUCUCGAUGCCGUCGAUGACAGCAGCGACAUCUUGUCCAGGCUGUGGAAUGUUGUACUGUCUUUGCUCCCACCCCAGCUUGCAACUCAACAUGAGCCAGGUGGCGUGACUGUACAAGUCUAG